AUGAUGACUGUCGAUACGUACUCGUUGAGUGAAGUCAUAAGGGUGGCCGAAAUUCACCCUUUCUAUAAUUCAGAUACAAAGUACCCUCCUGAUCCAGAAGCAAUCCAGAAGGCCCUUCAAGCUUCGCCGACAGAGCCAAAGCAUACAGAGCUUAGUUUGCAACCUUUGCUGAAAAAGAAUGACAUUUAUCGUGUCAUCAAGCGACUGACGAAUGACACCAAUCCAAGAAAUGAAUAUCGGCGUAGCGUCUACAUUAGUACUACAGGAGGAGGCUCUGGUGGGCUGCCACUGAUGUUUGCGACGGACACAGUCGAAAAUCGCAAGCACAGGGCAGUCUUUGGACAAUUCCUAAAUACAUGUGGGGUCGUCGAGCCUCAUGACUGGGUUCUCACAACCCACACUUCAGGGUUCCUUUACAGGUCCCUCGAUCUUAUCAGUGAGAUCUUCGAAAAUGCAGGAGCAUCUGUUCUAUGUGCUGGCAGUCGCAUGGACGCUGCAGAGGCCGUCCAUUGUUUGAUCAACUACCGUGCGAAUGUUUUGACAGGGGACAGUAGUCAAAUAAUCCACAUUGUUCAUCACAUUUCGACCCUUCCGGCUGAACAGAGAAGUGAAGUCAGGAUUAACAAAGUGGUUUACACCUCUGACCUGAUGACACCUACCCAGAGAACUUAUAUCUCAAAGAUACUGGGUGCAGUCAAGAUACUGUCCAUUCUGGGAAGUGCCGAGGCAGGUCCAUACGCAAUCAGCAAUCCCGACCUCACGGGAAACUGCGCUUCUUCAUCGAGAGACUUCGUCUUUGAUACUCGCACCAUGCUCAUUGAGAUUCUUCACUCUUCUACUCUCACCGAGGACCCUUCCUGUAGGUGCGGUGGGAAGUCGGUUCCCGAAGGGGAGCAGGGAAUCAUUGUCCAAACGUCUCUGCAGCGCUUGCGCAAUCCUCUUGUCCGAUAUAUAACAGGGGAUGUUGGAUCGAUUCAUCCAAUGCCCGAAGCUGCCGCUGGGAUUAUUCCCAAAUCUGAACUGAAACACUUUCGCGUCCUCCGCCUUGGGGGUCGGGAUCGUCGGUUCAGCUUCAAAUGGUUCGGCGAAUAUUUCAAUUUUGAAGAGAUCGAGAAUCUCAUGCAGACCGAGGGUUCAGGGAUCCUACAAUGGCAACUGAUCUUGGACAGUUUUGACUCGUCUCCACAGUCCACUUUGGAGGUCCGCAUACUUCGUGCAGCUGCAGGCGAAGGAAUUCUGGCUAGCGAAACUUUCGUGGACAUGAUCAACACGUUCUUUUUCGUUUUCCCUGAAAAUCAACACCUUUUCAAAGUCAAUUUCCUGAAUUAUCUUGAAGGAUUUGAGAAGAGCAGCACGGGAAACAAGGUUAUGAAGCUUGUAAAUAGAUUUGAUUGA